AUGGGCUCGACCGCGAACGGGCCCUCCUCCGCAUCGGCGUCAGGCUCGGGUUCGGGCUUUCUGCGAGACCUCCUCGCUACUCCGCUGGCGUUUGGGGAGCCGGUGGGACGGGCGUCCUUCGCACCUCAGACUGGACUGAGGGAGGUGUUCCCGGGUCCGCCUAGCCCGCCUAGGACCUUGCUGCGGCUCGAGCCAGUCCGUCAGAACGGGGCGAACGGGGCGAGCGGGGCAAGCACGCCUACUGGGGAGGAUGAGGCGGGAGAGGAGGAGUCUAAGGGUGAGAAUACACCACGGAAGGGAAAGAUGGCGAACGGAGAGGAACCGCGGAGGCCCCCAACGCCCGCCGUUGCAUCCUCGUUGACAGACGGCAAAUCUCUACACGAUCCCAUAUCCGACGAAGCCUUGCAUUACCCCUCGGAGCUCGCUGGCCUCAAGCGGGCUGGAGCGGGACUGUACAACCCCAGCAUGGCGUGCUACGCGAAUGCCACGCUGCAAGUGAUGAUGCACACCCCGCCAUUUGUCCGGGAGGCCCUAGCGCACGAUAGCGAGACCUGUAUCAAGGCGACUCGAACGAAAAGCAGGUUCUGCCUGCUGUGUAUCAUGCAGGAUAUGAUCAAGGAGCAUUGGAGUAAGAAGAUGUAUCAGCCCAAGCUUGUGCAUAAUAAUCUGUUUCUCAUUAAGAAGGGCUUCAGCAAGACUAGGCAGGAGGACACGCACGAGUUUUUCAGAUUCGCUUGCGAUGCGUUACAAAAUAGCGCGCUGGCGGGAUUCCCAAAAGACACACCUGAGAAGGUCAAACAUACCACUUGGGUCCACCGGAUAUGGGGCGGCCGCGUCCGUUCCCGUGUCGUUUGCUCCAAAUGCUCAAAACCGUCCGAUACGUUCGACCACUUUCUGGACUUGUCGUUGGAUUGCGGGCCGAGUAAGCGGACGCUGACAGCGAUGUUGGCGGGGUUCGUCAAGGAGGACAAGCUCGAAGGUGAUAACAAGUAUCAUUGCGAGAGCUGUAAAGCCAAAGCAAACGCUACAAAGAGCUUCCGAAUCGCCGAGGCACCACCUGUCCUCACCCUCCAUCUCAAACGCUUCAGCAUGAACUACAACUCCUGGAACGGGAAAGCUCGAGCGGACAAGUACAACCAACAUAUCGGCUUUGACGAGUUUUUAGAUAUUGCGCCAUAUAUGGUCGAUCCGAAGGCUGGCGGAACAAGUACAAAAUACCGCCUUUUCGGAGUCACAUGUCACCGCGGUGCCGAUCUUCGAUAUGGCCACUACACGGCAUACGUCCGGGCGCCCAACGGGAACUGGUAUCAAGCGGACGAUGAGGACAUGUCGGGCGUCAGACUCGGGGACAUCAAGUCUGACAAGACGGCAUAUCUUCUCAGCUAUAUCCGGAUACCGGAGGGAGAGGAGUUCCAGGCGCCACCACCGCGGGCGAAUGGGAACGGGACGCCGGCUGCGAAUGGGCAUGCGCAGGUCAACGGGAAUGGCGGAAAGCGGAAGCGGGUGGACGAGGCGGAAGAGGAGGAUGCGAUGCGGCAGCCCAACGUCAAGCAACUUAACACGGCCACGCCGCACUUUUCAUCGAGAUUCGACAAUCGGUCGGAUGGACAAUCACAGGCGCCAUUAUCACCUCCCCGGUCGUACAAGACGGCGGAUGAUGACGACGAGCGGGAAGGACCGAAUCCAAUGGACAAAUUCGGUGCAGCGUUGAGCACGCCAGCCAGUCGCAUACGGACACCCAUAUCCGAAGCAUUAUUUUAUGGUACGCCACCUAUCAGGGGACGACCCGGACCGUCCUCGCCCAGAGGGAGCGGAGGUAGGGGGAAGAGGGGACGGAAUUACGGUGGGGGAGGGGGCGGCGGAGGACAGCGGCCGUCCGGUAACUACAGCCCAUACGCCGCCGGUCGAGGAGGUAUGACGAACAAGUUUGGGGGAAAGAAGAAGGGGACGUUGGGUAAUAUGAAGGGACGAAUAUAG